AUGCAAGACUAUGACAAGCAGCAGGCCACGGAUUACCUGACCAAGGUUGGGUUGUUGGAGAGUGAGAGGAAUUCCAACUCCGUUCCAUCUGCCAUGGACGACUCUUCCGACGGGGGUCAGCUGACCGCACCGCAGAGUGCCGAGGACACAGUAUCGGAUACAAAGCUGCCCACCGACACAGUGACCGGUGUCGCGAAGCCUAAGAGACGGUCCAACACCGAAGUCCGAAUUCGCACCGUGUUCAGCGAGGACCAGAAGCGGCAGUUGCUCCAUCGCUUUCACCGGCAGAGUUAUAUCUCCCCCCGGGAGCGGGCUGAGCUGGCCAAAGCGCUGGGGCUCUCUUGCAAACAGGUGAAGACCUGGUAUCAGAAUCGAAGAAUGAAGAUGAAGCGCACUCAGUACGGCCAGAACCCAGCAAACUCUUGGAACCAGCCAAACUUCAGCGCAGUUUCCUCCCAGAGCUUCCCUCUGGUUCAGACCCUCUCACCUGGUCAGGUGCAGGGCCAAGGUCUCAGCUAUGGGCAGGAAACCUUCCACCAUAAUGGCCAAGUGCUGCCAUUUGGGGCGCAGAAUCCUCCCCUGGAGAAUCCAGUCAGUGAAGUUCGCCCACCUCACUCCAUGCACCAACAAUUCCAGAAUUCCUCGGCUUCAUUCCAUCUCCAGAUCUCUCAGUUGCCAACCCGGUCUGAUUGUUAUUUUGGCAACUACAGUUCAGGGCCUGCAAUGAUUCCAGAGGUUCCAUCCGCCACUUUUACCAAUCAGAUCCCAGGAUCGAGCACAGGUCAUCCGUCAGUGGGAGUUCUGCCGAUCCCAACAUUUGAGGAUGAGCUGCCGUACAUAGCCUUGCCUUCCAGCUACCGUCCCACAGGAGCUGAGUGCUCCUACCCCUCAGGGGCUGGAGUGGCUGGAUCAAGUCAAGAUGCCUAUGUAUAUCAGAAUAAUUUGUGCUCAAUGCAAAGUGGGUCAUCUCCAGGUCAGGUGAUGUCCAAUCCAAUGCUGGAUACAUCCAAUACAAAACCCUUUACAUUGGCCAAGCCAAUUGGUCAAAGUUUCAUUGGGUAA